UGUAGCCCAAGCCCUUCUCUUUUAGGUUUGGCCGAAUAACCUUCGCCUGGCCUAAGAGCCACAUUUUGUAGCCCAAGGUCUAAAAGGUUUGGCCGACUAACCUUCGCCUGGCCCUAGAUCUUGGAGCCCAAGCCCUACUUUUUUUAGGAUUUGGCCGACCAGGCCUCCCAUUGCCGGUCCUACUCACCCUCCCUCACUUAAAGUUUGCUUUGUUGCGGUGGGAAUUGACUAGUGAGGUGAGCGCAUGAAAAGUGAUGAGAAAGCAAAAGUCUUUUCCCCGCCCUCUCUCUCCUUCCUCGUUUGGAACGCCUGUACACCUGCUAAAAAUCAUUACUUUCCCACUUUUCUUCGAAGCACACAAGGGGGAUAAAUUCGGAAAAAUCCAGGUUUUUGUUCCAUUUGGGGCUCUCUCGGCAUUGAAUAACCCCUUUUCACAACCGACAUUUCUCGCAAUCUUCUGCAUCUCUCUUACCCUUCAAUUACUCUUUCCAUUUCUAUAGGUUUUUUGGUGGGUCUUGUAUCUUCUUCUUUUGCAUUCAGUGACAGUAACGCCUCUCUCUCUCUCUCUCUCUCUCUCUUCUCUCUCUAAGAAGUCAGAGCAAGAAUCGAUGUUAAUGGAUGCUAGUUGAGGUAAAAAUGGGGUGUCCUGCAAUUUGGGUUUUAUAAUAUUCACACAAACAAUGAAAUCAAGUUUAUUAAUGUGUGCGUGGGGGGUGGGUUUGAAAAAAAAAAAAUGAAAUCCCGUUUUGUCCUGCUUUACGAGGGCGAGAAAAAGCAGGGGCUUUUGUACGGUCAGUCUGUUCCUUGUGUACCCUUGCACAUUUAUUAGCAGCAGUGACGAUGUCUCCUCUUUCUUGCCCCUUUUUUUUCCAUUAGUAAGCAGUUCAGCCCCUGUGUUUAUUUUCCUGGCAUUGUCACAAAUGUAUGGAGAGAGCCAGACAUGAUGGAGUGAAGCCCAUUGCCAUUUGAGGAUUGCAACCUCUGCAAAUGGAAUCUCUCUCUCUCACACACUUUUUUUUGGGUGAAUUCCCUCUUCUUCAUUGUGGGUUUCUUAUUCUGAUGUGGUGGUGGUGACUUGGCUUUAUUUUUUGGAGGAAGCUGGUGCUGAGCUCUCUCUCUCUAUCUGUUUCUGUUUUAAGCUCUCUCCUUUUCAUGGCGGGUUUCUUCCUCUUCUAAGGUGGUCCUGGUGGUGAUUUGUUAAUGGGAUUUUGAGGAGUUUGGAGGUGCUCUCUCUAAAAAUUGUGCUGAGUGGGUGUAGUGGUUCUUCUUUCAUGGAAAUUGAUCUCAACUGCGUCGAGAGUGAGAAUGGGUGUUGUCCUUCAUCUAUUUGUUUGGUGCUGUGGCAUGCUUGUGCUGGGCCUCUCACCUCUCUUCCCAAAAAAGGCAAUGUAGUUGUUUACUUCCCUCAAGGUCACAUUGAGCAGGCUCUCACAGCCAGUCAUUUAGAUGAACAGCAGGUGCAAAUUCCGUCCUUUCACCUUCCCCCUCAGGUUUUCUGCAGAGUUCUUAAUGUCAACCUGCAUGCUGAGCCUGAGACUGAUGAGGUCUAUGCACAAGUUACUUUGGUUCCUGAACCUGAACCCGAAACUGAAAGUGAGCCCGCUGAGAAGAGUUUAGUCGAGGAAGAGGAGGGCAUCAAUCUUCUGCACAAAUCCACCCCUCACAUGUUUUGUAAGACUCUCACUGCCUCUGAUACGAGCACUCAUGGAGGGUUCUCUGUUCCCCGUAGAGCUGCUGAGGACUGCUUUCCUCCACUGGAUUACAGUCAACAAAGGCCUUCUCAAGAACUUGUUGCCAAGGAUUUGCAUGGGAUUGAGUGGAAGUUUCGUCAUAUUUACAGAGGACAGCCACGCCGGCAUCUGCUUACAACUGGAUGGAGUCUCUUUGUCAACCAGAGAAACCUGGUCUCAGGGGAUGCUGUGCUUUUCUUAAGGGGCGAUGAUGGGGAGUUGAGAUUAGGAAUUAGAAGAGCAAGCCACCCUCGAAGCAUUAUACCUACUCAUUCAGUGCUCAGUGGCCAGUGGGGUUCACAACUCAGUGUCCUAUCCGCUGCUGCUAAUGCUAUAUCCAGCAAGAGCAUGUUUCACAUUUUCUACAACCCAAGGGCAAGUCCAUCAGAGUUUGUGAUACCCUAUCGGAAGUAUGUUAGAUGCAUCAACCGUCCAGUGUGUGUGGGGAUGAGGUUCAAGAUGAGGUUUGAAAUGGAAGAUGCAGCUGAGAGAAGGUGUAGCGGUGUCAUCACUGGAAUAGGUGAUAUUGAUCCUCUUAGAUGGCCUGAUUCAAAAUGGAGAUGUUUGAUGGUGAGGUGGGAUGAAGAUAUUGGGGAUGAGCAUCGAGUAAGAGUCUCCCCCUGGGAGAUUGAGCCAUCAGUGUUGCCUCCUGCUUUGAAUGUUCCCCGUCUCAAGAAACUUAGGCCAAGUUUACCCUCAGGAGCUGCAGAUGUUGUGGCUGUUUCCACUGGUGGUGGGCUUCUGGAGGUCAGGGAAUCUGUAAGAUCUCGUAAGGUCUUGCAAGGUCAAGAAGACGCAGGUUCUAAAACAUAUUAUUAUGCGAAUCUUAGAAUGGGACCUGGAAGUCAUGAUCCCACUGUCCUUGGAUCAGCCAGGAUGGGGACUAAUGCACUUACAGGGAGGGCUAGUGAUAAUAUAAGCAUAGGCUUUGGAGAAUUCCACAAGGUCUUGCAAGGUCAAGAAAUAUUUCCCUUGAAAGCACAGUGCGAUGUGCCUGUGUCUGGGAACAGAUCUAGGGAAAAUAAUGGUCUCCGCUUGGAGUUUUUUACUGGAUACCAGAGACCAGAAACUGUCAGGACAGAGGUCAUUGAUAAUUCCACUCAUUAUCAAUCUAAUCUGAGGUUUUAUGGAGCUUCGAAUGCUUAUUUUCGCAGCAACCAGUUACCAUAUGAUGUCCACAAUCUACCAAUUAUUAAUGGCUUAUAUGAAAGGCAAAACUCUUGGAAGCCAGAGCUUGUUGGCUCAUCUCAACAAACAAUGCAAGUUACGGAAGGCAGUCACUCCUCACAAGAAGAUGAGGUGCUAAACCAUCUCUUGCCUUCUGCUUCUGUCAGGAAGAUGAAUUACCAAGAUGAGACUCUUGCCAGAACCAAUUGCAAACUAUUUGGGUAUUCCUUGACUGAGGAUAACUUCUUAUCAAACGCUAGCAAGAGGAGUUGCACUAAGGUUCAUAAACAUGGAAGUGCAGUGGGAAGAUCCAUAGACCUCUCGAAAUUGAAUGGCUACAGUGAUCUGAUGAGUGAACUGGAGCAGAUAUUUAAUAUGGAAGGACUUUUACACGAUCCUGAGAAAGGGUGGCGGGUUGUCUACACAGACAAUGAGAACGAUAUGGUGCUUGUGGGGGAUGACCCAUGGCAGGAAUUCUGUGACGUGGUGUGCAAGAUACUAAUUUGCACGCAAGAUGAUGUGGAGAAUAUGAGUCCAAGCAUGUUGGUGAAUGAUGAUGCUCAGAGCUGUUGGGAAGAAGCACCAGUGGUAAUUGAGUUAUCAAAGUCAUGCUCAUCGUUAGGCCCACCACAGGACUCCUCUCCCACCAUAACAAGAGGACUCGAAUAGCUCUCCACUCUAGAUUUUGAUUCGAUUAUGAUUAUCUUAUUUAAACUCUAUCACACAUUUGGGCUUUUGUAUUUUUGUUGUUCGGAUCCCAUGGCUCGGUCUGCUUGAGCACGAACUCAAGUUUCCCCCCAUUGAGGUUCUUCACACGGUUUCGGGUUUCAGGCCACUGGAAGGAUGUCUAGGCGCCUGACCCAUGUCCAUUCCUCCAAGUUUUAAGUUGAAUGAUCGAUACUUUGGGUGGAUGAUGGGACCCUAGUGUUGUAUAAUGUUAUUAAUGUAUUUGGUGCUUGUCUCUAGUUUUUUCCCGA